UUAGAACAGUCAGUAAAACUUUUGUAUACCACUUGAAAUGAAGAGGUUGGAAUUAGCCGUCUGUGUGGUGUUUCUUCUCAUGAAGUCUGCGUCUGGUAUUCACAGAACCAUUGACGGAAUGUGGCACAAAGGUGGUCAGUAUGUGAUCCACGUAGAAAAGACACCACCGUAUGUCGAUAUUAGAUCGUCAUCUGGCACUGGCUUAGAGGAAGAUUGUGCUGAAAUGUGCUAUAGUGCCAGUACUUGUGAAACAAUGAUGUUUACUAAGGCGUUAGGAGACGUUGAGACUUGUUUUCUUUUUGACAAGAAGUUCAGUGAACUUGAAUCCUUCUUCUGCGAAAGUGGCGGUCUGCUCUGCUCCGAGAUAUGGGUGAAACUCCCCACGCAAGGAUAAAACAAAGAACUGACGAUUCAAUGGUUUCACAGUAUAUAUGGUCGUAACACUACUGUUUUUUAUUAUACCUUGAACGGAAAAAAACACACUGAGGUCUCGAUUUGCUUCUCUAAUAUCGUUUACAAAGAUCAUGGGUGCAGCGGACACGAUGGCUGAUGAGACUGGAACACAAUUUGAGAGACAAAAAAAGUUACGUGACUCUCGCUCCCAGCGAGAUUUCGGCGGUCAUUUACGACUGAAAUGUAAUCUCAUAGACAAUAGUUUGUAUAUGGUGGCAUCUCCAUCCCACCAAGAGACGUUGCAAGGGAUAAACGACCUUUUAUAAGUUUGACGCAGUUGCAUGUUCCUCUCUUCCUAUUGUCUUUGAUAUAACAUAAAUAAAACUGUAGUGUAACGUGUAACGCCUUAUUGUCAAUAUAAUAAAUAUUACAAUACA